AAAAAAAAGAGAGAGAGAGAGAGAGAGAAGGAGGGAGGGAGGGAGAGAGAGAGAGAGAGCUCGACCAAGCCUUUUAGCCUGUAAUAUGGGCUUGAUUUAAACACUACACCGCAACUGGUUUCUUCAUUCUGCCUGACACUACGACCUUUUUUCGUUCUUUUCGUCCUGCUUUUGGUUUGAAUUAAAAUAAAAGAGAGAGAGAGAGAGACAGAGAUAGUGAAAAUGUCUCGGGGUGUGCUGCAGCCGAGCCAGCAGAAACUGGCCGAGAAACUGACCAUCCUCAAUGACCGCGGUAUCGGCAUGCUCACCCGCAUCUACAACAUCAAAAAGCAAGGACAAGUUUGGAAGGCAUGCGGGGAUCCCAAAGCCAAGCCCUCGUACCUGAUCGACAAAAACCUCGAGUCGGCCGUCAAGUUCAUAGUGAGAAAGUUCCCAGCUGUUGAAACCCGCAACAAUAACCAACAGCUUGCACAGCUCCAAAAAGAAAAGUCAGAAAUACUAAAGAAUCUCGCUUUAUAUUACUUCACGUUUGUGGAUGUUAUGGAAUUUAAGGACCACGUGUGUGAACUGCUGAACACUAUCGACGCUUGCCAAGUUUUCUUUGAUAUUACUGUAAAUUUUGACCUCACGAGGAACUACCUCGACCUCGUCGUGACCUACACUACGCUGAUGUUGCUGCUGUCUCGGAUCGAAGAGCGCAAAGCAAUCAUCGGCCUCUACAACUACGCACACGAGAUGACCCACGGAGCGAGCGAUCGAGAAUAUCCUCGGCUCGGACAGAUGAUCGUGGACUAUGAGAAUCCUCUGAAGAAGAUGAUGGAGGAGUUUGUUCCUCAUGGAAAGUCCCUCUCGGAUGCACUGAUCUCCCUGCAGAUGGUUUACCCACGCCGUAAUCUCUCAGCUGACCAGUGGAGGAACGCUCAGCUCCUGAGUCUCAUCAGCGCCCCCAGCACCAUGCUAAACCCAGCGCAGUCUGACACGAUGCCAUGUGAAUACCUGUCGUUGGACACUAUGGAGAAGUGGAUAGUGUUUGGGUUCAUCCUGUGCCACGCGGCUUUAAACAGCGACCCCACUGCCCUCAGUUUGUGGAAACUGGCCCUACAGAGCAGCUCCUGCCUCUGCCUCUUCAGAGACGAGGUCUUCCACAUCCACAAGGCCGCUGAGGAUCUGUUCGUCAACCUCCGCGGCUACAACAAGCGUGUCAACGACAUCCGUGAAUGCAAAGAAUCAGCGCUGUCACACGCAGGCUCGAUGCACAGGGAACGGCGCAAAUUCCUGCGUUCUGCUCUGAAGGAGCUAGCCACUGUGCUGGCAGACCAGCCAGGCUUACUCGGCCCGAAGGCUCUUUUUGUUUUCAUGGCUCUCUCUUUCGCUCGUGAUGAGAUCAUCUGGCUGCUCAGACACGCCGACAACAUCCAAAAGAAAAGCACAGAUGACUUUAUUGACAAGCACAUUGCUGAGCUGAUCUUCUACAUGGAGGAGCUGAGAGCCCACGUGAGGAAGUAUGGCCCAGUCAUGCAGAGGUACUACGUGCAGUAUCUGUCCGGCUUCGAUGCAGUCGUCCUCAAUGAGCUCGUCCAGAACCUCUCUGUGUGUCCAGAGGAUGAGUCCAUCAUCAUGUCUUCCUUCGUGAACACAAUGACUUCACUCAGCGUUAAACAAGUGGAGGAUGGAGAGGUGUUUGAUUUCCGAGGCAUGAGGCUGGACUGGUUCCGACUUCAGGCCUACACCAGCGUAUCCAAGGCGUCUCUGGGUAUUGCGGACCACCGGGAGCUGGGUAAAAUGAUGAACACCAUCAUUUUCCACACCAAGAUGGUGGACUCUCUAGUGGAGAUGCUGGUGGAGACGUCGGACCUGUCCAUUUUCUGUUUCUACAGCCGGGCGUUUGAGAAGAUGUUCCAGCAGUGUUUGGAGUUGCCGUCUCAGUCACGUUACUCCAUCUGCUUCCCUCUGCUCUGCACCCACUUCAUGAGCUGCACCCAUGAGCUUUGUCCUGAAGAGAGGCACCAUAUUGGCGAUCGCAGUCUGUCUUUGUGCAACAUGUUUCUGGACGAGAUGGCCAAACAGGCUCGCAACCUCAUCACUGACAUCUGCACAGAGCAGUGCACCCUGAGUGACCAGCUACUGCCAAAACACUGCGCCAAAACCAUCAGUCAGGCCGUGAACAAGAAGUCCAAGAAGCAGACUGGGAAGAAAGGAGAGCCAGAGCGAGAGAAGCCCGGAGUGGAGAGCAUGAGGAAGAACAGAUUGCUCGUCACCAACUUGGAUAAGCUGCACACAGCACUGUCAGAGCUUUGCUUCUCCAUCAACUACGUACCCAACAUGGUGGUCUGGGAGCACACCUUCACCCCACGCGAAUAUCUGACCUCCCACUUGGAGAUCCGCUUCACCAAGUCUAUAGUUGGAAUGACCAUGUAUAACCAGGCCACACAGGAGAUCGCCAAGCCGUCUGAGCUCUUGACCAGCGUGCGAGCCUACAUGACAGUGCUGCAGUCCAUCGAGAACUAUGUCCAGAUUGACAUAACCAGAGUGUUUAACAACGUGCUGUUGCAGCAGACACAACACCUGGACAGCCACGGAGAGCCAACCAUCACCAGCCUCUACACUAACUGGUAUCUGGAGACUUUGCUUCGACAGGUGAGCAAUGGCCACAUAGCUUACUUCCCUGCCAUGAAAGCAUUCGUCAAUCUUCCAACUGAGAACGAGCUCACCUUUAAUGCCGAGGAGUAUUCCGACAUCUCUGAAAUGCGGUCACUUUCUGAGCUUCUGGGUCCAUAUGGAAUGAAGUUCCUCAGUGAGAGCCUGAUGUGGCACAUCUCCUCCCAAGUGGCUGAGCUCAAGAAACUGGUGGUGGAGAAUGUGGAGGUUCUGUCCCAGAUGAGGACCAGCUUUGACAAACCUGAUCACAUGGCAGCACUCUUCAAGAGACUUACAUCUGUGGACAGUGUGCUCAAGAGGAUGACCAUCAUCGGAGUCAUUCUGUCCUUCCGCUCACUGGCACAGGAGGCGCUCCGGGAUGUUCUCUCCUGCCACAUUCCUUUCUUGGUCAGCUCUGUGGAGGAUUUUAAGGAUCACAUUCCCCGUGAAACAGACAUGAAGGUGGCCAUGAACGUUUAUGAGCUGUCCUCAGCAGCAGGCUUGCCCUGUGAGAUCGAUCCUGCUCUUGUCGUGGCUCUGUCCUCCCAGAAGUCUGAAAACAUCAGCCCCGAGGAGGAGUACAAGAUUGCCUGCCUGCUGAUGGUGUUUGUGGCCGUCUCCCUGCCGACCCUGGCCAGCAACGUCAUGUCACAGUACAGCCCUGCAAUCGAAGGGCACUGCAACAACAUCCACUGCCUGGCGAAGGCGAUUAACCAGAUUGCUGCCGCUCUCUUCACCAUCCAUAAGGGCAGCAUUGAGGAUCGCCUGAAGGAGUUCCUCGCUCUCGCCUCCUCCAGCUUGCUGAAGAUCGGUCAGGAGACGGACAAGACGACCACCAGGAACCGCGAGUCUGUUUAUCUUCUCCUCGACAUGAUUGUUCAGGAGUCUCCGUUCCUCACCAUGGACCUGUUGGAGUCGUGUUUUCCGUAUGUGCUGCUCCGAAACGCUUACCACGCCGUCUACAAGCAGUCAGUAUCUGCUUCUGCGUGAGAGCUGACCAGUCACAUUCCACACACACACACACACACAAAAUUCCUCUGUAUUCAUUCUCAGUCUUACUGGCGCAACACUUCGUAUGGGAUCAAAUCUUCUUUAAAAACAAAUAAAUAAAUAAAAAAAGAACAAGCCAAUAUUGACCAGGUAGAAGAAACUACAAGUUUUGUUUGUCAAAGACUAGUAACACUAAAUAUAAUUUUUGGAUGUUUUUUCUCGUUUUAAUUUGUUUUAUUAUAAUUUUUUUUUUUAGAGUGGGAUGUGGAAAAGGGAAUUUGCAAUGGUUUAAAGAAAAAACUAUAUGAAACACAGUAUUUGGUUGUGUGUGUUGUGGGGGUGGGGGAGGGGUGGGGUGAAGUGAUAAAGCACCACGUUAUGCUAAAAAAAAAAAAAAACCGCUCUAAAACACUAUGAAAAGAAACACAGUGAUUCUUAUUUCGGUGUCGUCCUAGCUCUAAUCUGUGUGGGUUAACGCGUGCAUUCUUUAUCUAAAAAUCUUUUUUUAUUUUUAAUUCUUCUUCUUCUUCUUCUUCUUCACACAGUUUCACGUUCUUUUGACACAUUUGCCAAAAUAACGAUAUGACACAUAGCAUCUCAUUUGAUUAAAAGCAGAAAUGUGGGUAACUACGUGUUCUAAAAAAGAAGCCUAUGGUGGUGUUUGUAUAAAGCAUAUUAUAAUUUUUUAAACUAACUUUCAUGAUGCCUCGCGGCGUUUCCCGAGACUCCAUCGUAACUUUCUGUGCGGUUAUGAUAAACAUUCGUACAUAUUUAUUGAAUGUUUAUAAGUUGCCUCCCCAUCCCUUCCUCCCUCCCUCUCUCUCUCUCUCUAUCUCUCUCGCUCUCUCUCUCGAACCUUCCCCGUUUCCCUUUUACCGAUUUUAUAUGUUUUGGAUUUUUAUUUAUUUUUUUUUUUUCUUUUGGAAAUUACCAUGUAUCUUCCAUAACAUGAAAAAAUAAACAUUGGGUCAUAUGCACUCGACCCGUGUGCUGUC